AUGGCGAACAAAGUCGAGGGUGCAACAUGGAACCAGUCAUACACAGAACCUGAUGCAAACAACUAUUCUGCGUACCAACGAGAGAUCUACAGCUCUCUACGGGCUCCCUCUUUCUCUACCAAACCGUCUGAAUGGGAAGCUCUGGCCCGCUCUAAAGUCCCUGCUGCUAAUUUUGGCUAUGUGUAUGGAGCAGCGAGCAGCGGCCAGACUCAUGCGGCCAAUAUUGCCGCAUUCGAUCGCUAUCGCAUUCGACCUCAUAUGCUAGUCAAUGCUACUCGCCGAGACCUGAACGUUGAGCUGUUCGGGACAAAGUAUAGUAGUCCUCUUCUUCUAGCUCCAGUUGGGGUCCAGAAUAUCAUGCAUGAAGACGCUGAAGAGGCUACCGCCAAGGCUUGUCAAAAAGUCGGCAUACCCAUGAUUCUCUCCUCGGCUGCCACGAGAACCAUUGAACAAGUGGCCGAAGCCAAUGGGACUGGUGACCGUUGGUAUCAGCUUUACUGGCCCAGGCCUCAGUGGGAAGAAGUUACUGUGAGCUUGCUAAACAGAGCAAAAGCCAAUGGAUAUAAGGUCCUCGUCGUUACAUUGGACACUUUCAACCUGGCUUGGAGACCAACAGAUCUUGAUACGGCAUAUCUACCUUUCAUCUGGGGCGACGGCUGCCAGAUAGGACACUCUGAUCCGGUCUUUAACCGCAGAUAUGAAGAGAUCCAGAAGAACGAUACGAGAGGCUAUGGAGAAAAAUUAGCCGAACUCUGGGCAAUGAUGAAGAGACCCGGCUCAGUCUACGGCGCGGCUCGGGUCCUGACAAACGUGUCCCUACUACAAAAAUCAAGGGCUUGGCUGGACGUCUUGAAUUCUGGGACGUAUAGGGAAUGGAAGCAUUUGGAGAUUUUGAAGAAGCUAUGGGACGGGCCAAUUGUUCUCAAAGGUAUUCAGACGGUCGACGACGCUCACAGAGCCAUCGACUAUGGGAUGGAUGGCAUCAUUGUGAGCAAUCACGGAGGUCGACAAUGUGAUGGUGCUAUCGCUUCCCUCGAUGCUCUAGCCGAGAUUGCCGCUGACGAAAGAGUCAAACGGUCCAACAUGACACUGAUAUUUGACAGUGGCGUCCGUACCGGGGCAGAUAUCUUGAAAGCAUUAGCGUUGGGUGCAAAGGCUGUGUGCAUUGGCAGGCCUUUCAUGUAUGGUCUUGCUAUUGGAGGACAAGAAGGAGUAGAGCACGUCCUCAGGUGCUUACUCGCUGACACUGAUAACAUGCUGGGCAAUAUGGGCAAGAAGAGCGUGAAAGAUCUCAGCCGGCAUGACAUACAGCUGCGGCCAGAAUCAAAGCUCUAG